AUAAGAGAAAGAAAAACCCUCGACCUGUUCGAAGCUGUAACUCCCAUUAAAAUUUCGCCGCCGCUGCCGACGCAGCCGGAGCACAUCUCUCAGCCUCCUCCGUCGCUUUGAAUCCCGGCGUUGCUCUAUAGCUACAUGAUGCAAUCAAACAAAGGAGCUACUUCCAUGGAAGUUGAGGAGGCUGUUCCAAGUGAAACUAAAGUUGUAUCAAAGCCCAACUUUAAGCCAUUAAAGGCUCAUGAGAUAUCCGAUGGCCAAGUUCAGUUUCGUAAAAUUUCUGUUCCGAAACAUAGGUAUACCCCACUCAAGAAAGCAUGGAUGGACAUAUACACCCCAAUAUAUGAUCAAAUGAUGGUUGAUAUCCGAAUGAAUGUGAAGACACGAAAUGUUGAACUGAUGACCAGAAGGGACACUCCAGAUGUUAGUAACCUUCAAAAGUGUGCUGAUUUUGUUCAUGCCUUCAUGCUUGGUUUUGAUGUGAUAGAUGCUGUUGCAUUGCUUCGAAUGGACGAGCUUUAUGUGGAUUCAUUUGAGAUUAAGGAUGUUAAGACUCUUAAAGGAGAGCAUCUCUCUCGUGCCAUUGGAAGGUUAUCUGGGAAAGGAGGUAAAACGAAAUUUGCAAUUGAGAAUUCAACAAAAACGCGUAUUGUUAUUGCAGACACAAAGAUUCACAUAUUGGGAUCGUUUGCCAACAUCAAAGUUGCAAGAGAUUCUUUGUGUAGCCUGAUCUUGGGGUCGCCUGCAGGGAAGGUAUAUUCGAAACUAAGAGCUGUUACUGCAAGAUUAGCUGAAAGGUUUUGAGUGGAUUAUUUUCGUUUUUUUUUGUAUGGGUUUCUUUCUGGAUAUCUAAACUGGCAGACAUGAGUAGGUUAAGAUUAUGCAUCCCAUCAGCUUUUUUGUUUGCAAGGAAUUUUGAGUUUCAUCAAUAUAUGAACAUCUACUAACUUUAUGGUUUGUUGGCUUUCUUGUAUUAUUUAUUCAUGAAUAAAGUUGGAUUAUUUAUGUUCU